UUCAAAAUGGCGACCAAAACAAGCUGUCGUUGAGUAUGUUGAAGUGCGUUGAUGUAGUUUGAUUUUGUUUUGCAUCAUUUUCGCGUAAAUGGAUUCAUCAACAAUGAAUGAAUGCUUUUACAUACAUAUGAAAUAAAAACAUUCAUGUUUUGAUGGGAAACCAAACAAAAGCAUUUUAAGGCCAAGUGUUUACCAUGUCUACUCUACCUGUGGCUGGUGGUAGCCCUACCAGGUCCUCCAAGCUGGAAAAUCCAGACGGGACCGCCUCCAAGCUGGAGAUUCACUCUGGUCGCACUCCAGACCGCCAGGAAAAGCAUGAGAAGAGGAAAAGCACUUCAAACUACUCCACAUCAAGUUUACAUCCAUCCAAACAUUCUCUGUUCAGAGGGAAAGUUGUUAAUUUGGACACAAAGCUUGAGAACAGACUGAACAUGAAGGACCUAGACAGGCUGCAGGAUGCAUUCAUGCUAUCCAAUACUUGGUCUAAUGAAGGUGACGGCUAUGACAACAAGCUGAGCCUGAAUCGGGACCAGUUCUGCGAGGCCCUGACCAUUCUCCUCAACAAGGGAUCCAAGGAAGAGUACCUAGAGUUGUUUGACAAGAUCGAUGUUACCCGUGAAGGCACCGUGGACUGGGACAAGUUUGCCUCUCACAUGCUGCUAGAGUUCUAUGAGAAAGAUGACCGCGUCAAGUCCACCCAGGUCCCACAGUGGAAGGAUCUGAAACAUCUUAACAGCCCUCACAAGGACUCCAUCCAGAGAGUUGCAUUUUUAAAGAAUGCUAACAAAUACAUAGCCAUUAGUAAGGAAGGGUCCAUAUCAAACUGGGGCCUGGACAUGAAGCUUCAGCGAGCCCUCAAGACUGGCACUGACUCAUGCAAGGCCAGGGACCUCUGGGUGACCAACUUUGUGAUUCUGCAAAAUGUCAACAAAAUUGCUCUGUCGUUCACUAGCAAGGAGAUAGCGAUCUACGACCUGAGUUCCAAGGUAGAGUUCCUGUGUCAGUACAAGGUGCAGAACCUGAAAUCUACCCCUCUAUGCCUCGACUACUGGUCCAAUCCUAUGAAUCCUAAUGAUGCUGUACUAGUGUUUGGAGAUGUAGGCGGGUUUGUCAAUGCCCUGUUCUUCAACACCGCCCAGAUUGCGCUGUUUGAGCGUCCGCCUGCACCUGCUGGAGAGAAGCAAGAGACGUGUCUAAAUGUGGACCUCAACCAGGUGGCAAGCGGGAAAUUUAAGAACGUUACUUACACAAAGUACCACGCCCACAAGAAAGAUUGGACACGCCAAGUGCGCUACUCUCAUUACCUUGAGUGCUUCAUCAGCUGCGCCUCUAGCACUCAGCGCUCUCUCGCCAUUGGUUGGAUGGAGAAACACAGUUCCGUCAACCAACCUAACAGACACAACUGGAGAUAUAUGCCCAGUGCCACUGGCAAGAAGGAGAUUCAGCGUACAUCCCUGUUCACCAUCCCUCAGGGGGUCAAUGGCUUUGACUUCAGUGAUCAGCUUAAUCUUAUUGCCACAGCAGGUGUCAAUCACCAGGUCUGUCUGUGGAACCCUUACGUCGUCUCCAAACCAAACGGGAUCCUGCGUGGUCACAUGGCUAGCGUGGUGCAGGUGCAGUUCAUCAAGUCACGUGGUCAGCUUAUCAGCUUCUCUAAGGACAAGGUCCUCCGCAUCUGGGACGUGCAGCUACAAGUCUGCAUACAGAGACUCGCUGGCAUGUUCCCCAAAGGACCUGAAGUUCAGAGUUGCCUGUUCUUUGAUGAGGGCAAGGACAGGCAGGGGGUAGAGAGAAACAGGCUGUUCAUAUCGUUCAACUACCAGCUCACACUCAUGGAGAUGAAGGCAGAGAUCAAGGACAGGAUCAUGUCACAUGACAAACCCGUGGUAGCAGCACUGUAUAACUCUGUCUACAAUCAGGUGGUCAGUGUGUGCCAGGGGGGCACCAUGGUGAUGUGGAUGAUUGACACAGGUCAGAAGGUCAAGCAGUUCAACAACUGCCAUGGUAGCGCAGAGGUCACCUGCCUCACACAGGAUGCCACGGAAACCAAGCUUAUGACAGGGAGCACGGAUGGAAGUGUCAAGAUCUGGGACUUCAAUGGUCACUGCUACCAUGAGCUGGAGUGCUCCGGUGGUCAGCCCGCUGACGUGGGUCAGAUUGUGAACCUCAAGAGAAGCACUGUAGUGGUCGGCUGGGCCAAAUACAUAGCAGUUUUCCGAGACACAAGUUUCCGCCAGCACCACGUUCAACCAGCCGACUGGAAAGGGGGUCAGGAGCACUCAGAGGAUAUCCUUUGUGCAGCCUUCCAGCCGCCCAGCUGCCUGGCCACAGGCUCGUACGAUGGAGAGAUUGUAAUCUGGAACACAAACUCUGAGCACUCCUCCAAACACCUCACCCAGAGGAUGAAAAAGCCGACCAAGUCACGUAACAGCACUUAUGUGAAAACAAGGGAGAACACAAGUGUCUCAGUCUCCUCACAACCGAGGUCUCGGGCAAUGUCGCGUGUUUCUGCGCAGAGUAAACAGAGCGGUGGUGAGCGGAGGGAAAGUUUAGCAGAAGUAUCGGACAUAGAGGAGAAUGAGUACAACAGUUCAAUAUCAACGCUGAUUUUCCUUGAGGCCAGGAAGGGUAACUCUGCUGGGGGAGGGGCAAACCUGGUGUCAUGUGGCGGUAACGGGAUGGUUAGGUUCUGGAACACGGCCCACACAAAACUGCUGGCAGAGUUCACCGCUCACGCUCAUGCGGGGAGCAUAAUUAUGGCAACAGACAAGAAGAACCAGUACCUGGUGACGGGGGACGUGGACGGGUGGCUCAAGGUAUGGGACAUCUUGGGGUAUGCUGCACACGCUACCGAGAACAUCAUCACCACACCACCAGCCCUGCAGACCCAGUUCCAGCCCCACCAAGACAUGAUCAACACCCUGGAGCUGUGUGAGCGUAAUGAGCGCCUCAUUGUCAUCUCAGCCUCCUCCGACUGCAGUGUCUCCAUCUGGGACGUACAUGGCAACCGAAUCGGCACCUUUGGACAGGAGGAACAUUGGAAGAUUGAGCCUUACAACUAUAUAGAGGAGCUGGAGGAGGAAGAAGUGGAGGAGGAUGAAGAGGAAGAGCUGGAGGUGGCAGAGGACAGUGACCAGGAGUCUGAGUGGGCGCCAGACCCCCGUGCUGUAGACCACCCCAGGGAGUACCGCUUCCAGACCUGGGAGUCUACAUGCCUUGGUAAAUCCUACAAGGAGAAGAAUGAGGAGAAGCGUCAGAGACGUCAGCCGGGUACCAUCCCAGACUUGGCCUAUCUGCACUGGGAGAGGACAGGCCAGGCCCCUGCAGGGCCUUACUCUGCCCUAGAAACGAAGUCUUUGAAUGACUUAUAUGUGCCCUCCAAGCCGGACCCUGAAAAAUAUUUCCUGCCAAGAUCGUCCAGUGACAAGAGGACAAAGUUGCCUGCCCUUGCUGACACCCUGAAGACGGCUUACGAUGAGAAAUCGUUAUUUCCGACGUACAUUAGAGAGUUUGAGCUGAAGAUGAAGCAGUAUCAUCAGCAGGCUCUUGCUCAGGUACAGCCAAAGCAGAGUAUCAGCCUGGGCAAGAUGACAAGGCCGAGUCUGCAGAGUAUUGGCACCCAGCUCGGCACUCAGAUGAACAAGGGGACCAAGGCACUGACCCUCAAACAAAAAGGUCUGCCUGGACUGAGGCUCAAACCCAUCGGAGGGAGUGUGGCUUCUAGGAGAAGCUCUGUUACCACAGAGUCAUAGUUGGUGUCCUGGCAUGUUUGGAUGGAUUGAUUUGGUACAUAAAUAAACAAAACAGUCCAAAAAUAUAGAUUUUUAACUUUCUGUCAUUAUAAUGACUUUUUCUGGACUUGCCUGUCUGUUUACUUGCAAUUCUUAUUCAAUAUCAUUAAAUAUUUUUUUGGUGUGCCAGUUGCUGUAUUUUUAAGUUACUAGAAAGACUCUUAAGUAACAACUAUAAUGUUUUUGAGUUAACGUAACCACACAACAUUAACUGAUAAUGAUAAAAUGUUGGUCUCUGUCACUGAUGAAUAGGCAGUACAUUUUCAGCUUGAUUGAUUGGCAUUGUAAGUGACUUCGUAUGUAUAGUCCAGUGAUUUGUGUUUCCUAUAUCUUACAGCCUGUGCCUUUUGGAUUGGUAAAACUAGCUGAUUAUGAUUAUAUGUAACAAUAAUCCAAUUAUUUAUAAGUGAAUGUUUAACUGCAUUUUAAAGUUGAUGUUAUAAAGUGUUACAGAAUUAUAUCCCUGUGUAAUAAACUCAAUAAACUAAUCAUUAAGGUUAUUGAACAAGUUCUGCAUUUGAGAGGGGGUGGGGAAUCGGUCAGAUUGGGGGGAGAAAAAUGUUACUUUUUACCAUUGGGAAACAGCCUGUGAGAGGCUGUAAUUUCAGGCAAAACAUAACUGUAGUCUUAAUACCUACACACAUUUUCAAUCAUGACUGCACCAGUAUUUUAAGGACUUUUGUUGGUUUGAAAAUAUUGUACAAAGCUAGCUUGAAAAAAAAUGUUGUUUGUUACUCAAUUUUAAAACAUAUUGAUGAUAUGUCUUUUUAGCAUUGAUUUUUAUAUGAUUUAUUUUCAUAUUUGUAAAAUCAAUUUGAAUUUUUGAGCAACAUUAAAAAUUUAAUUUAUAUCAUGUGUAAUGAUUGGGGGAAAAUGAGAAACUCUUAAACAUGUUUUGAAAAAAUCAUAUGGAAGGAAACCUUGUUUUGAAACGAAGUAUCUGUAAUAUGCAAUUUUCUUUUGAUAAUCCCCUUUAACUAAAGAUCUGUGAAUAAUUGUGUUUACUAAUAUUUGUUCGCUUUACCAUAGCUAGGGAUAUCGUUGUACUUUUUUUAUUCAUUUGAGAGGAACAACUCUCUGAUACUUAUUUAUUUUUGGGGUAUGAUAUGACUUGCAGGCAUUAUAUGUAAUUAUUUGUGUGUGUCAAAUGCCUUUGUUCGCUGGUAUUUAUAAACUGUCCGUUACUUUUCAAAUGUCUUUUAAGUUAAUUAUAUAUUUCUUGUAAAUGCUUAUACUGUGAUAAUUUGCUUUACAUAAUGUCUUUAAAACAAAACUUGAAUAAAAAAAACUGCCCCCUGGAGAUUAGUGUGCAUCAUGUUUUACAGUUUGUACUUUUAUUAUGCUCCUCCAAAAAAAUUUGGGGGGAGCAUGUAGUCGCCGCUUCGUCUGUCUGUCCUUCCGUCCGUCCGUGUGUCCUUCCGUGUGUCCAUCCGUGCACAAUUUUUGUCCGGGCUAUUUCUCAGCAACUAAUUACCGGAAUUCAAUGAAACUUUAUGGGAAGCUUCACUACCAAGAGGAGAUGUGCAUAUUAUCAGCAGGUUCUGGUCGGAUGAUUUUUUACAGAGUUAUGGCCCUUUAAAAUAUUCCAUUAACUGUACAUAUAGUGCAAUUCUUGUCCGGGCUAUUUCUCAGCAACUAAUGACCGGAAUUCAAUGAAACUUUAUGGGAAGCUUCACUACCAAAAGGAGAUUUGCAUAAUAUCAGUGGGUUAUGGUCGGAUGUUUUUCCACAGAGUUAUGGCCCUUUGAAAUUUUCCAUUAACUGUACAUAUAGUGCAAUUCUUGUCAGGGCUAUUUCUCAGCAACUAAUGACCGGAAUUCAAUGAAACUUUAUGGGAAGCUUCACUACCAAGAAAAGAUGUGCAUAUUAUCAGCGGGUUCUGGUCGGAUGAUUUUUCACAGAGUUAUGGCCCUUUGAAAUUUUCUAUAAAAAAAAUUCUUGUCCCCCCAACUACUGUGCCCUCAAGACAUUUCCUUUUAUCUGAAUAUAUAGUGCAAUUCUUGUCCCCCCAACUACUAGACGUUUUCUUUUAUCUGAAUAUAAAGUGCAAUAUUGUGACAAAAAAAACCUUUGGGGAGCAGCGCCCAUCUCCGACGGUUUCUUGUUUUAAUUGAAGUCAUUUUUUUUACCUGUUUUCCAUUGUUUUGAUUUAAGAAUGUUUUGGUAAAGGAGUUUCUGGUACAUGUGUUUAUAUGUCGUAAAUGUUUUUCAUAAGUUUAAUUUAAAUUGUGAUGCAAAAAUAAAUAAAUAAAAGAAACCAGCUUA